AUAAAGUUCAGAUGAAUCAGUCUCAAGCGGAUAAUAUUACACGCAAAACACGCGAAGAUUAAAAAGAAUUUGUUCGAGAUAUAAGUUUUUACUGUUAUAAUAUACAAUGACCAGGGGAUUUUCUGUGAUUUUUUUCGGUGUUUUGGUUUGGUUUUGUGAAAGGACUAAAGCUGCAGAUAAUCCCAAUAUUUUUCUUAUAGUUGCUGACGAUUUGGGGUGGAAUGACGUUGGAUUUCACGGGGGCAACCAAAUACCAACGCCUAAUAUCGACGCCCUUGCUUAUAACGGCAUUAUAUUAAACAGUCACUAUGUACAAUCAACAUGUACAUCUUCAAGAAGUGCUCUAUUUACUGGGAAAUAUUCUUUCAGAUUAGGGAUGCAGGGCGAUUCCAUAAAAGCAGCGGAAAAGAGGGCAUUACCUGAAGGAAAGUUGAUGCCGCAAUAUUUUAAGGAUCUUGGUUACGAAACGCAUUUGGUGGGAAAGUGGCACUUAGGCGCUUCUAAAUGGAACGAAACGCCAGCGGCCCGCGGUUUUGACCACCAUUUUGGAUUCUUCAACGAAUUUAUCAGCUAUUAUGAUUACUUAUCCACCUGGAGGUACAACGACAAAGACUUUACUGGAUUUGACUUACGUAGAGAUGGUGAACCAGCUUUUGACGAGGUGGGAAAAUAUUCCACUGACGUUUUUACAGAUCACGCUGUAAAAACAAUAGAAAACAACGAUGUAAACAAGGCCUUAUUCAUGACAAUUGCUUACAAUGCCGCACAUGCAGCUAACGAAGGAAAACCUCUGGAGGCUCCUCAGGAAACCAUAAACAAUUUUAAACAUAUCGCAGAUUCUAAUAGAAGAACGUAUGCAGCAAUGAUUUCUAAACUUGAUGACGGUAUUGGAGCUUUAGUAGAGGCACUGGACAAAAAAGGAAUGUUACCGAAUUCCGUAAUAGUUUUCAUUAGUGACAAUGGAGCACCAACUGUUGGUUUAAGUAGAAAUUGGGGUAGCAACUACCCACUGAGGGGUAUUAAGGACACCCUAUUUGAAGGAGGUGUUAGGGGUGCAGCUUUUAUAUGGAGUCCACUAUUGGUCCAAUCAGCAAGAGUUUCCACAGAUUUAGUCCAUAUAACCGAUUGGCUACCCACUUUAUAUUCAGCUGCAAACGGGGACAUCGGAGCUGUAGAUCCAGACCUGGAUGGGAUAGACCAAUGGUCUAGCCUGGUGUACGACUUGCCUUCUCCCAGAAACGACAUCCUAAUAAACAUCGACGAAAAAACAAGGAAUGCUGCUCUUAGAUUCUACAAUUGGAAAUUGAUUGUGGGUACAAGUCAAAAUGGCACAUACAACGAAUAUUACGGGGACACAGUACUGGACAACAUCGAGGAGCCCUCUUACAACACUAGUGCGAUAUACGAAAGCCCGGCUGGCCGUGCGAUAAGAAAAGUAAAUUACACCCCUCUCACAGAACCAGAAUACGAAGGCUUAAGGGCAACGUCGACCCUUAAAUGUUUACCACCAAAGGCCAAGAAAAAUCCCUGCGACCCUGCAAGUGGAGCAGUUUGUCUUUACGAUAUACCUAGUGAUGCUUGCGAAGAAAACGAUUUGGCAAAAUAUUUCCCUAGUGUUGUCAGAAGGAUGAAACGAGCUCUUGUCGAUUACAGACAAGGUUUAGUCCCACAAGCAGAUCAAGAAAUCGAUAUAGAAAAUGCGGAUCCCAAACUUUUUAAGUACACGUGGAACCCAUGGGUCGAUUGUUCUGAUUCCACAUGCCCAUCACCCAAUAUUGGAUGAAAUAUUAAUUUAACAAUAUUAUUUAUAUAUUAUAUUACUAAAAUAAACACCAUAACUACUA